AGAGGGUGUCACCAUCUAAGCUGAAAGUGUCUGGGGAGAUCAGACAUUGCUGUCUGGUGCUCCUCUCUCAGUGGCCAUCAUGUCUUUGACAUCUGCUUACCAGCAUAAAUUAGCAGAGAAGCUCACUAUCCUGAAUGAUCGCGGUCAGGGGGUUCUCAUCCGUAUGUAUAACAUCAAGAAGACUUGUUCAGACCCCAAAUCUAAGCCACCUUUCUUACUGGAAAAGUCCAUGGAACCAUCUCUCAAGUAUAUCAACAAGAAAUUUCCCAUCAUAGAUGUCCGAAACAGCACGCAACAUUUAGGACCAGUACAUCGUGAAAAAGCCGAGAUAAUUAGAUUCCUCACCAACUACUACCAGUCAUUUGUGGAUGUCAUGGAAUUUCGGGAUCAUGUAUAUGAACUUCUCAACACCAUUGAUGCCUGCCAGUGCCAUUUUGAUAUCAAUCUCAACUUUGAUUUCACUCGGAGUUACCUGGACUUGAUUGUGACUUACACCUCAGUCAUUUUACUUCUGUCACGGAUUGAAGAUCGACGGAUACUGAUUGGCAUGUACAAUUGUGCCCAUGAGAUGCUGCAUGGGCAUGGUGACCCCAGUUUUGCCCGUCUGGGUCAGAUGGUCUUGGAGUAUGACCACCCUCUGAAGAAGCUGACAGAAGAGUUUGGGCCUCACACAAAGGCUGUGAGUGGAGCCCUCCUCUCUUUGCAUUUCCUCUUUGUCCGAAGGAACCAGGGGGCUGAGCAGUGGCGCAGUGCCCAACUUCUAAGCCUCAUCAGCAACCCCCCAGCCAUGAUUAACCCUGCUAAUUCAGAUACAAUGGCCUGUGAGUAUCUGUCUGUGGAAGUAAUGGAGCGCUGGAUUAUCAUUGGGUUUCUUCUCUGUCAUGGGUGCCUCAACUCCAAUAGCCAGUGCCAGAAGCUGUGGAAGCUGUGUCUGCAGGGCUCCCUGUACAUCACCCUUAUCCGUGAGGAUGUGCUGCAGGUGCACAAAGUCACCGAGGACCUGUUUAGCAGUUUGAAAGGGUACGGCAAGCGAGUGGCAGACAUAAAGGAGAGCAAGGAACACGUAAUUGCAAACAGUGGCCAGUUUCAUUGUCAACGGCGGCAAUUUCUGCGGAUGGCAGUGAAGGAGCUGGAGACCGUGUUGGCUGAUGAACCAGGACUACUGGGUCCCAAGGCUCUUUUUGCUUUCAUGGCCCUGUCCUUCAUUCGUGAUGAAGUCACCUGGCUGGUUCGCCACACAGAGAAUGUCACCAAGACAAAGACACCUGAGGACUAUGCUGACUCGAGCAUUGCAGAGCUUCUUUUCUUGUUGGAGGGGAUUAGGUCUCUGGUCCGAAGACACAUCAAAGUGAUACAGCAAUACCACCUUCAGUACUUGGCAAGAUUUGAUGCUCUUGUGCUCAGUGACAUCAUUCAGAACUUGUCUGUGUGUCCAGAGGAGGAGUCCAUCAUCAUGUCCUCAUUCGUCAGUACCCUCUCCUCUCUGAAUCUCAAACAAGUUGAUAAUGGAGAGAAAUUUGAAUUCUCAGGAUUGAGGCUGGACUGGUUCCGCCUACAGGCGUACACUAGCGUGGCUAAGGCCCCUCUGCACCUGCAUGAGAACCCUGACCUAGCCAAGGUGAUGAACCUCAUUGUCUUCCACUCCCGAAUGCUGGACUCAGUAGAAAAACUGCUGGUGGAAACUUCUGAUCUGUCUACUUUCUGCUUUCAUCUCCGUAUCUUUGAGAAGAUGUUUGCCAUGACCUUGGAGGAACCUACCAUGUUGCGUUACGCCAUUGCUUUCCCCCUGAUUUGUGCUCACUUUGUCCACUGCACUCAUGAGAUGUGCCCAGAGGAGUACCCCCACCUGAAGAACCAUGGUCUUCACCACUGCAACUCCUUCCUGGAAGAGUUGGCCAAGCAGACCAGCAAUUGCGUCCUGGAGAUCUGUGCUGAGCAGCGAAACCUGAGCGAGCAGCUUCUACCUAAGCACUGUGCCACUACAAUCAGCAAAGCCAAGAACAAGAAAACCAUGAAGCAGAGGCAGACUCCCAGAAAAGGAGAGCCCGAGAGGGACAAGCCAGGAGCUGAGAGUCACCGGAAGAACCGCAGCAUUGUCACCAACAUGGACAAGCUACACCAAAACUUGACAGAAUUGGCAGUGACAAUGAAUCAUGUAUACAGUUUCUCCGUGUUUGAACAUGCUAUCUUCCCUUCUGAGUACCUCAGCAGCCACCUGGAGGCCAGACUCAACAGAGCCAUUGUGUGGCUGGCUGGUUACAAUGCCACGACCCAGGAGAUCGUACGGCCUUCUGAGCUGUUGGCAGGAGUCAAAGCAUACAUUGGUUUCAUACAGUCACUGGCCCAGUUUUUGGGUGCAGAUGCUUCCAGAGUCAUCCGCAACGCCCUCCUGCAGCAGACACAACCACUGGAUUCCUGUGGGGAACAGACAAUCACCACUCUCUACACAAACUGGUACUUGGAAAGUCUGCUUAGACAGGCAAGCAGUGGGACCAUCAUCCUCUCCCCAGCCAUGCAGGCCUUCGUCAGCCUGCCCAGAGAAGGGGAGCGGAACUUCAGUGCAGAGGAGUUCUCUGACAUCUCUGAGAUGCGGGCCUUGGCUGAACUCCUGGGCCCCUAUGGCAUGAAGUUCCUGAGUGAAAACCUGAUGUGGCAUGUGACAUCUCAGAUUGUGGAGCUGAAGAAGCUGGUGGUGGAAAACAUGGACAUACUUGUUCAGAUCAGAUCCAACUUUAGCAAGCCGGACUUGAUGGCUUCCCUGCUGCCCCAGCUGACAGGGGCUGAAAAUGUGCUAAAGCGCAUGACCAUCAUUGGGGUUAUCCUCAGUUUCAGGGCCAUGGCCCAAGAGGGACUUCGGGAGGUUUUCUCCUCCCAUUGCCCAUUUCUUAUGGGUCCCAUUGAGUGCUUGAAGGAGUUUGUCACUCCAGACACAGACAUCAAGGUGACCCUGAGUAUCUUCGAGCUGGCAUCUGCUGCAGGUGUGGGCUGUGACAUUGACCCAGCCUUGGUGGCUGCCAUUGCUAAUCUGAAAGCUGAUACUUCAUCUCCUGAGGAGGAAUAUAAGGUGGCCUGCCUGCUCUUGAUCUUUCUGGCAGUUUCCCUCCCACUCCUUGCCCCUGACCCUUCUUCCUUUUAUAGCAUUGAGAAGGAUGGUUACAACAACAAUAUUCAUUGCUUGACCAAAGCCAUCAUCCAGGUGUCUGCUGCCCUCUUCACGCUCUACAACAAGAACAUUGAAACUCACCUCAAGGAAUUUCUAGUGGUGGCCUCUGUCAGCCUCUUGCAGCUGGGCCAAGAGACUGACAAGCUUAAAACCAGAAAUCGAGAAUCCGUUUCUCUGCUCAUGCGCUUGGUGGUGGAGGAGUCAUCCUUCCUGACCCUGGACAUGCUGGAGUCCUGUUUCCCUUAUGUCCUGCUUCGAAAUGCCUAUCGGGAGGUGUCCCGGGCCUUCCACCUAAACGGAAGCCACUGAGUGCCUGCCAGUACCCACUGAAGAGCCCUUUGGACCUUCCUAAACCCUUGCCAUAGUGGAAGCUGUGUUCACUUUCUCAAGGGGUGGGAAUGGGGUGGGGUCACUAAGGAGAGGGUCAGGAGCCAGAGUUGAUCAACAGAUCUGUGGAAGAAUAAUCCAGGGCUGAGAAAUCGUAGAGCAGUGAGGCAGGCUGGGGGCAUGGAGGACAGUUUAUGGAAAAAGUUAGGGCAUGGGGCCACAUGUGUGAAUUUUACAAUGAGAAAAGGACUAAUGUACAAGUAUAUUUUCUAUCUUCUGGUGACUUGAGCUUGAGCUCUGACAGGCAUGGGCCUCUCCGACCUUCAUCACUAUUCUUAGGAAAAUGCUGGCGGGCAGAGAUGAUCAAUCAUCAUAUUAAACCGUAAUGAGCUUAUAAUCCUCCCACUGGAGCUGCUAUUGUCUCCUGCACAUUCAUUAAGACCAUUAUCUUCUUUCUUCCUUUUUCAAAUGUGUUCAGCAAACAUUCAGCCUGCUCCUACUGCAGAGUAGCAGCAAAAGAGCCCCUCUUUUCCUUUGUGGGGCUCUUCGAGAGGAGUCAUUGGGUCUCUUCCUUUGCCCCCAGCUUGACUGCGUUUCCUACUGGGGCAAGGAGGAAGUGCCCUUCAGAGAUGUUCACGGCCCAUCUGCUCUACUACAUUGUUACAAGUUCUCUCUUGCUUUAACUUCUCCUGCUUUGAUAUCUCCACAACCCAGAGCAGAGGGUCAGUUAGUCUCCAUCAAUUCUGGGUCACAUGAUUGGCGCAGACUCAGGUGGGUUUUUCACUCCUGUACCAUUUGGGGGUACUCUGCCUUUUAUUGGGAGGGACUAAUUUAACCCCAAAUCCUUUUGUCAGCCUGGGUACAGCUGUUGCUCCAGGCAGGGAUUUCUCUUCUGGAUCUUCAGUUUCACAGACCUCAUUAGGUUGUACGGCCCUGAGAGUGGGUAUCCUUGAGGGAGUACAAGCUGUUUCAACUUAGCCCUUUUCUGCGCUAAUUAGAAUUUCAAGUGUCACAGAGCCUGGGGCAUUCAAGAUAGCACUAAACUAGGUUUACUUAACUCCUUGGCAGGAAAUAGUGGCCCCCAUGCAUCACUUCUGUGCACCCACUGCCAGGGAGAAGUGGAGAAACAGAUCAUAUAUGUCACAGGUCUAGAGUGGUUGGAAUUGACAAAUAUAAUUAGCUAGUUGAUUAAUUAGGGUCAUGUCCAUACUUUCAUGAUGAAAGGGAAGCAGUUGUUGGUUUUCAGCAAAAACGAUUCAGCCUUCAUUAAGCCUAUUUGAUAGCUGUUUUGGGGUUUUGUACAUGUGUUUGCUUUUUAUUUCUUGAGACCCAGGCUUAGUCAAUACUUUCUUAACUUGGCACUCAUAAUCAACAUACAAAUUUUUCUUAGCAACAAUUGUCUGCUCUUUAGGAAGGAAGCGAUAGAGAAUCCUGCUUCGUGCAUCAGCUAAUCCUCCUUCCUUGCUAUGGGAAGGACUUAUGUUCUAAAGGGUGAUUCAGUGUCAGGCUUAUGAGACUGAGAGUAAAGUUGAUGAGGAAGAGAAGGCUCAGAAGUAUCUGAACAACUAUGCUAUAUGCUUAUAUUUUUCUGCUUGAGGGGAUAGAGAUCCCUCCUCCAUCUGCAUCUGCAUGUAGAACUGCUUAAAAGGAGCCUCCCAGAGGACAGCAAGACAAGUUGCUGCGGGGGGAUGGAGGGUAGACAGAAUGCCUUUUUUUAAAACUGAAAAUUUUAUUGAGAUAGUUAAUCUACCUGCACUUGUAAGAAAUAAUACAGAGAAAUUCUAUUUUCCUUUACACAGUUUCACUGAAUGGUAACAUCUAGCAAAACUAUAGUAUACUGCCACAACCAGGAUAACUGACAUUGAUAUAAUCUACUGAUCUUGUUCAGAUUUCCCUCCCCAGUUUUGCUUAUGUUCAUUUCUCUCUCUGUGUGUGUGCACAUAUGUGUGUUAUCUAUUUCUAUACAGCUUUAUCAUUUGUAGGUUUGUGUAUCUGCCACUACAGUCAAGAUACAGAACAGGCCGGGUGCAGUGGCUCACGCCUGUAAUCCCAGCACUUUGGGAGGCCAAGGCAGGUGGAUCACCUGAGGUCAGGGGUUUGAGAGCAGCCUGGCCAAUAUAGCAAAACACUGUCUGUACUAAAAAUACAAAAACUAGCAAGGCGUGGUGGUGCGUGCCUGUAGUCCCACUAUUCAGGAGGCUGAGGCAGCAGAAUCACUUGAUCCUGGGAGGCGGAGGUUGCAGUAAGCUGAGAUCCUGCCACAGCACUCCAGGCUGAGUGACAGAGUGAGACUCUCUCUCAAAAAAUAAAUAAUAAUUAAAAAAAAGAUAGAGAACAGUUCCAUCACCACAAGGAUCCCUCGUAUUGCUCUUUUAUAGCAAUUUUCCCCUCCCACAACCCCCUUCCCCAUCUCUAGCUCCUGGUAACACAGAUAUAUUCUCUAUUUCUAAAAUUUUGUCAUUUGAUAUAUCUUUUUGUAAACAUAUAAUUAUACACACAUAUUUCUCUACCACUUAUACUUUUUCAAAGUGCUUUCACAUCCUUAUAGCAAUUCUGCAAGGUAGCCAGGGAAGGCUUUCCUAUUUCAGGUCAGAAAACAGAUUUAGAAAUAUUAAAUGACUUAAUGAAGGUCACAUGUUUAGCAGUAGAACUAGAACUGGGACCCAAGUCUGAUGAUGUUCAGUCCUAGACCUUUUCUACUUGCCCGGUCUGCCCCUUCACAAGGGAAGACUUGGGUUUUAGAAUCCAGAGACCUUAGAAGGAGCAAAUUGGAGAAGGUGAGGACAUGAUGGCCUUUACCACCAGAAGCAAAAAGUGAAUGUCCAGAGGUGAAGGGACAGAGAAGUAACAGGACCCAUCAGCAUUUCAGGCAAUUUGCUUCCUUUACCAGGAGGGUCUCUGUCCUCUUACAACCUGGGACACAAUAAGUUGUGUCCCAGGUUGUAAGUUUGCUUUACUUAGGCCCAAAGGAACUAAAGAAUGGAUAUCAGAAAUCUCACCCCAAUUGUUUGUCUUACAGGCUCAGAGUAGGUUCUAGCCUCAGCAUUUUCAUUAAUGUAGUGUUUUCAUUAAAAUCUCCAUUAACUUGCUUGCAGCAAUGAGAUGGAAUUAUCCCUCCCACAAGGCCUGGGGCAAGAUACUUGCAAAGGUGCUCCCUUUUGUUUGGACAGUAGAAACACUGCCUCCCCUGCCACGGUGUUCAAUCCAGUUGGCAGGUGGGCCAACUUCAAAGUGCAGAAGGAACUGGGUGUGGUGGCUCACCCCUGUAAUCCCAGCACUUUGGGAGGCAGGCAGAUCGCUUGAACCCAGGAGUUUGAGACCACUCUGGGCAACAUAGUGAAACCCCAUCUCUACAAAAAUACAAAAAAUUAGCUGGGCAUGGUGGCUGUUGCCUGUAAUCCCAACACUUUGGGAGGCCGAGGGCAGUGGAUCUCUUGAGCUAAGGAGGUUGAGACCAGCCUGGUCAACAUGGCGAACUCUGUCUCUACAAAAUUACAAAAAUUAGCUGGGCAUAGUGGCUCUUGCUUGUAGUCCUAGACACUUGGAAGGCUGAAGUGGGGAGGGUCGCUUGAGUCUGGGAGGCAGAGGUUGCAGUGAGCCAAGAUGAUGCCAUUGCACUCCAGUCUGGGCGACAGAGCCAGACCCUGUCUCAAAAAAAAAAAAAAAAAAGGGUGCAGAAGGUCCAGGGCCUGGCCAAGGGGAUGAUGCCCUGUAGCACUUUUCUUUGCAGGAAGAGAACAGCUCUGCUGUGAAUACCAGGAUCCAGGAGGGAGGGAGGUCCCAGCUAGGGACAAGACUUCCUUAACCUUAGGUCCUCAUGCUUAUAUCAGUUCUUCUCCAACAAAGUUUGACUUUGAGAAGAAGCUGGCACAUGGCUGAAAUGCACUCACGCGGUUGGGGGAAGAGUGUUCUUCCAGUCCUCCUCCCCACAGGGCCUCCUGCUUCUCCUAAGUACCUGUCAUCAAAGGAGAUGAAGAUGAAUCCCCCUUCAGCCCCCACACCUCAAUGAGUUGUCAAGUACUCUCCCUCCCACUUGAAUAGGAAGCAGGAGCAGCAGGCCAGGUUGCAGGUUGAGGAAGUCAGAAGUUAACUUGAGCUGAGUUUGCAGCUCUGGAGAGAUUGAGGAGCAGACUUUUCUCUUGUCACUUUGGAAGGAGAGGAUUGUGAGGCUGCCCCUUUAAAUAGCAUUCCCGUAGGAGGCAGAUCACAUCCAUCCGUCACCUACUGCCAAAGCAUCAUUUUUGGUCUCUAUCAAACUCAAAGCUUGUUGGAAAGGAUUGUGGGGUUAGGGGAGUGAGGAGGCAGAGCCUCCUAGGGGUAGGGGGCAGUUUAGAAGCUGAAAAGGAGAGGAAUGAGAAGGAGCCUGGGAAAGGUGGGGGUUGAUGACAAGAGGAAAAGACAGGGAGAGAAUAGUUGUCUUUUGAGCCUCUGAGUGGAACAAGUAUACCCAAUUCUUAUCUCUUUAGAGAUGCAGCAAGGUAGAAAUGGGAUUGUAUUGCAACAAGAGGAAUGAGGUUGAGACUAAACACCAGGAUUGGUGACUAAAGAAAGUGAAAGGAACCACAGAGUGAAAAAGGCUGGUAGACUUGGCUCUGGUUUUAUCACUUACUCUCUGUGGGACCAUAUAAUUUUUCUGGGUUAGUUUAGUUCUCAUUUAUUUUUAUUUUUACUUUUUCCAUCAAACUGUGUUGUCUAUGAAGUUUUCCCAUUUAUUCAAUGAAGGGAAUUAGAGU